AUGCCAAAGCACCGCGAUACCAUUGAGACCAAGAGCAAGGAUCUCAAUAACUGCCAGGAGAAGAAUCAGGAAAGGCCUUUGCCCAUCCACGAACUUGCUGUUGAGGCUGUUGCUAAUAGGAAAUUUGAGGAACUCUCCAUGCUUCUUAAAGUUCUGGGUAAUGCUGGCCAUCCUGCUAGCAUUAAACCAAUCACAAAGCUCCGCCGUGUUUGGAACUGCAGCUGCUGCUCUGCCCUGAGAGUCCAGGCUGAUGCAGUCUUGGCCCUGAGGAACAUUGCUAAGAGGGAGCCUAGAAUGGUCCAGGAAGUUGCUGUGCAGUUGUUCAUGGACAAGGCUCUCCACCCAGAGCUCCGCAUGCUUGCCUGCAUUGUUCUGUUUGAGCACACCCCAAUGGGCCUGGUGAUUACUUUAGCUAACAUUCUGAAAACAGAGGAAAAUCUGCAGGUGGCUAGCUUCACCUCUUACAUGAAGUCCCUGACCAGGAGCACUGUCCCUGACUUUGCCUCAGUUGCUGCUGCCUGCAAUGUUGCUGUCAAGAUGCUCAGCAACAAAUUUAGAAGAUUGAUGCACUUCAGUAAAGCCCUCCACCUGGAUGCCUAUAGCAGUCCCCAGAGGAUUGGUGCUGCUGCCAGUGCUUUCUACAUCAACGAUGCUGCCACCAUUUUCCCCAGAACCGUCGUGGGAAAAGCUCGCACCUUUGCUGGAGCAGCUGCUGAUGUUCUUGAGGUUGGAGUGAGAACUGGGGAAUCCAGGAGGCUCUUCUGAAAAUCCCAUAGUCCUGAAAAUGUUGACAGGAUCACCAAGAUGAAGCGUGUCAUUAAGGCUCUGUCUGACUGGAGGUCCCUAACCACAAGCAAGCCCCUAGCCUCCAUAUAUGUGAAGUUCUUUGGACAGGAAAUUGCCUUUGCCAACAUCGACAAGUCCUUCAUCGAUCAGGCACUUCAGCUUGCCAACAGUCCUUCUGCACACGCUUUGGGAAAAAAGGCCUUGAAGGCACUGUUGGCUGGAGCAACUUUCCAGUGUGCUAAGCCCCUGCUGGCUGCAGAGGUGCGUCGCAUCUUCCCCACCGUUCUUGGUUUGCCCAUGGAGCUCAGUUUCUACACUGCUGCUGUCGCUAAAGCAGACCUCAAUGUCCGUGCCACUCAACCUGCUCUGCCUGAAACCUUCCAUGUUGCCCAGUUAUUGAAAACAAACAUUCAGCUACAUGCCGAAGUUAGACCAAGCAUUGUCAUGCAUACAUUUGCUGUGAUGGGAGUGAACACUGCAUUCAUCCAGGCUGCUAUUGCAAGAGCUAAGGUCCACACAAUUGUCCCUGCAAAAUUGUCAGCAGAGCUUGACAUCGCUCAUGGCAACUUCAAGAUUGAAGCUUUACCUGUUUCCGCUCCUGAGUAUAUUGUUGCCACACACAUUGAGAUUGCUGUGGCAAGAAAUGUGGAGGAUGUCCCAGCUGAGAGAAUAACUCCCAUGAUUCCUGCCCAAGGAGUAGCAAGAAGCGCACAGCAGUCCAGGGAGAAGUUUACAUCUAUGAUUGCAGCCUCUGCUGCCUCUUUUGCUGGAAGUUUGUCAAGAUCUUCCGAGAUCAUCUAUUCUGAUUCGCCAUCCAAGUUCAAGCCCAUCACACGGAUUGAGGAGACAAUCUGUGUCGAAAGGCUUGGAGUCAAUGCAUGCUUUGAAUGUUCUGAGAAUGCUGCCUUCAUCAGAAACACUCUUUUCUACAAAAUGAUUGGAAAGCAUUCAGUCCUUAUUCUGCGAAACCAUUUCCCGCUCAGCAGCAGCUCUUCCAGCUCCUCAGCAGCUCCUCAGCGCUGCCUCUCCAAGCCUUACGGCCCCAACGACGACAACCCCAACGACCGCAAAUUCAACAGGUAUCACAAGGACUCUCAAGCCACCUCCAAUAUAAUCUCCAGAAGCAAGAGCAGUGCCUCUAGCUUCCAUGCCAUCUACAAGCAGGCCAAAUUCCUUGGCAAUACUCUCGCCCCUAAGGUGACCAUCCUCUUCCGUUUAGUGAGAGCUGACAAUAAGAAUGAGGGAUACCAGGUUACUGCUUACUUGAACAAAGCUACUUCCAGACUGCAGAUCAUUCUGGCUGCCUUAGAGAACGACAACUGGAAACUGUGUGCUGAUGGUGUUCUGCUCAGCACCAAAGUCACUGCCAAGAUUGCUUGGGGUGCAGAGUGCAAGGAAUAUAACACCUUUAUCACUGCUGAGACUGGUCUUGUUGGUCCAAGCCCUGCAGUUCGUCUGAGGUUGUCUUGGGACAGACUCCCCAAGGUUCCCAAGGCUGUUUGGCACUAUGUUAGGAUMRUGUCUGAAUACAUCCCUGCGUACAUCCCAUCUUACCUGGCUGAAUUGGUUCCAAUGCAAAAAAACAAAAAUAGUGASAAACAGAUUCAAUURACWAUGAUUGCAACAUCUAAAACGACCCUGGAUGUCAUUCUGAAAGCACCCAAGAUGACACUGUAUACACUGGGUGUGACCCUCCCCUGUUCUCUGCCCAUUGGGUCUGUGACUGAUCUUACUCCCUUUGAUGACAACAUUGUUAACAAAAUCCACUACUUGUUUUCUGAAGUCAACGCAGUUCAAUGUAGCAUGGUCAAAGACACAUUGACCACAUUUAACAACAGGAAGUACAAGACCAAGAUGCCUCUCUCUUGCUAUCAAGUUUUGGCUCAGGAUUGCACCAUAGAGCUCAAAUUCAUGGUUCUGCUGAAGAAGGAUCACGCAUCUGAACAAAACCACAUCAAUGUGAAAAUCUCUGACAUUGAUAUCGACCUGUACACUGAGGACAAUGAUGUACUAGUGAAGGUCAAUGGAAUGGAAAUUUCCAACGACAACCUCCCAUACCAGGACCMCUCAGGUUCUAUCAAGAUCAAACGGAAGGGUGAAGGCGUGUCUCUCUAUGCCCCAAGCCACGGUCUCCAAGAAGUCUACUUUGAUAAGGAGUCAUGGAAGAUUAAAGUUGUGGACUGGAUGAAGGGACAGACCUGUGGACUCUGUGGAAGGGCUGAUGGCGAAGACAGACAGGAGUACCGUACACCCAGUGGCCGC